CCAAGAUGGGUUGGCGGGAAGAAGAUAUAAACCAGAUAGGCAAGGGUAGAUAAGGGUUACAGUUGGGCUGUGACCUCAUGUGACCUGUUCCUCCCCUGUAGGACGACUGGAUCCUGCCACCAGCUGCAGUCGUUCCUUGGCCAGCCGGGCCGUCCAGCGAAGCCUGGCCAUCAUCCGGCAGGCGAAGCAGAAGAAAGAGAAGAAGAGAGAAUAUUGCAUGUAUUACAACCGCUUUGGCAGGUGUAACCGUGGCGAACGCUGCCCUUACAUCCAUGACCCUGAGAAGGUGGCCGUGUGCACCAGAUUUGUCCGAGGCACAUGCAAGAAGACAGAUGGGUCCUGUCCUUUCUCUCACCAUGUGUCCAAGGAAAAGAUGCCUGUGUGCUCCUACUUUCUGAAGGGGAUCUGCAGCAACAGCAACUGCCCCUACAGCCACGUGUAUGUGUCCCGCAAGGCUGAAGUCUGCAGUGACUUCCUCAAAGGCUAUUGCCCACUGGGUGCAAAGUGCAAGAAGAAGCACACACUGCUGUGUCCUGACUUUGCCCGCAGGGGUAUUUGUCCCCGUGGUUCCCAGUGCCAGCUGCUCCAUCGUAACCAGAAGCGACAUGGCCGGCGGACAGCUGUACCUCCUACUCCAGGGCCUAGUGAUGGAGCCCCCAGAAGCAAGACUUCAUCUGGCCAUGUAAUCAGGAAGCCUUCUACUGCUCAGCGCCCUGCUAGACAGAUAUCUAGUAGUCUGGCCUCCAGAACAGAGGCCCCAGCCUCCCCUCCCCCCCUUGCCAAGGGUAGUAGCCACCACCUCUACCCUGUCUUCAAAGGCCACCACUGCCUCCUCCCCAUCUUCUCCCCCCUCUGCUAGCUCCUCUGCUCCCUCCUUGGACCAGGAAGAAGCUGCCUCUGGGACAGGUGGGACAAGCUCAGUAUCAGGCUCUAGCAGCCUCUGCAAGCUACCAUCCUUCAUCUCCCUGCAGUCUUCCCCAAGCCCAGGAGGCCAGAGUGGGCCCCAGACCCCCAGGAGCCCCCGCACCAAGGACUCAGGGAAGCCGCUACACAUCAAACCACGCCUGUGAGGCUCCCUGGGAACCAGCCCACACCUACCUCAGACCCUCACCCCUGGAGAGGAUGGAGGCUCUACCCACCACUGCUCCUGAGGAGAAGCAGCCUGCCACGGAGCCCAGCUGGGGCUACAAGCAGGGAUACAUAGCUCCUCCUAUUUGGCUCACAGCCUUUGAAGGUCUCUGUGUGCCCAGGCCUUGUUCUCCCUCGAGCCAAGGCCCUGUCCAUUCCCUGUUCUUCUCCCUCCCUUCCUCCCCUCCUCCCCUCCUCCCCUCCAAGGCACUAGAACUUGUCCCUGGCUCCCUACCCAUCAGGGUGCCAUGUGAGGUUCACCCAGCCUGUCUCCUGUGGUAGGAGUGGCAGUAGCUGUAAGACUGGUGCCCCCAGCCCUCCCCACCCAGGACUCCUGGUGGACAUUUUAUGUUGAGCAAUAAAGGUUUUAU